UCCGGCCUCAACCACGCUGAGGGGUUUCUAUGGCGACGGGGUUACUGGUUUUUUUUUUUCUUCCCAGCAGCCAGGAAAUAUCGGGGGACUCGGGACCCACAGCGAGGUUGCUUUUGAGUGGGGUCAGGAUUCUAAUGCUGCUAAUCUUGUGAAAAUGGAACCCUUUGAAGAAACAGCGGCUUCCACAACAAAUGAGCAUGAGGAUUUGGGACCUCAAGAGGAACCAGAACAUUUUAAUCCUCUCCUGAGGGCUGCUUUAAGGGGUGAUAUGGAAGAAAUACAACAGAUUUUUGAGGACUCCGAGGAUCCUGAUCAUGAAAAAGCCAAUAAGUUUUUAAUGGAAAAGGAUAUUCUAGGGAGAAACCUACUAUUUACAACUUGUAUGGUUGGUCAGAAUGACGUUAUCCAAUCCCUGGCAAAAUAUGGAGUUGACCUGAAGGAUAAGACAGUCAGAGGUUAUACACUUCUUCAUUGUGCUGCAGCCUGGGGUCAGCUAAACACACUGAAAAGUCUGGUAGAGUUGGAAGCUGAUAUUUAUGCAACUACAUUCCGGGGUGAAAAUGCUAGAGAAAUUGCAAAUCGAUAUAAGCAAACAGAGUGUGCUGAAUUCUUGGAUUGGGCAGAGGCCAAACAGAAUUUACGCAAUUUUAUUUCCCAAAUCCAGGCAACAAUCACUGAUCCUGAGAAAGUUCAGGGAAAGCUGAAUAAAGAAGAUAAGACAACCUCCAUCAAGGCCUGUCAGGCCAAAUUGGACUGGCUUGAAAAUACAAAAGAGCCUAAUACACAAGAAUUUAUUGAUCAGAAGCAGCAGUUGGAGGACAUAAUGCUUCCUAUCUUCACAAAAUUGGCUGCACCACGUGGACAAGACUCUGUUGUCAGCAAAAAAACCUGAAUGAUUUUUGGAAAUCAACUCAUCAAGCAUAGGUGCCUGCAAACUCCUCCUGUUACCUAGUUCCUGAACACCUGCUUCAAAAUUAGGAUAACCGAGAUUUGUUGUUGUUCCAGUUGUGAAAACUCAUACCAGAUGUGAAUAUAUCAACGUAAAAUUAAACCCACUAUUCUAUAAAGAGAAUAACUAUCAAAACAGUCUUAAUACUUUUUAUUAAAAAAACAAAAUAUAUUUAUUGAUACAUACAAAUUACUGUCUUAACUGUUUUUGUUUUGAUUUUGAUUUUCUCUUCUUACAUUUUCUUUAAAAAACCGUUUUAUUGAUAUUGAUAAGCAUGCUUAACCUGUUAAGCCAGCCCUGUAAUAUGUUCACACCUGAACUAUGAUACAAUUAUGAUGAUAGGAAUUUUAGUCCAUUAUAUUUAAAGGAAAUAUAAUCCUGAGAUUUGAGGCCUGAAAUCUUAGCAACAGUUUUGCUCUUUUAUUUUUUUCAUUUGUACAUGGGACAGAACAGUGAAAUAAUUCUCUAGGGAUACCUAUGAAUAUUGGUCUGUCUACAGAUAAUUCUCUGGCAUUCAUUAGGCUUCCUAUUGCAGCAUAUAUAUUAAAUAAUCUUGAAACCAUGAUUUCUGAAAUUAGCUUAUUCAAUUAUCCACAAUUUACUCACAGUUAAUUUUUUAUUUGUAAAGAUUAUGAUGAAUGUAAAACUAAUGUUGAGGUUUUCAGUGUCUUCAUAAUAGAACUAUAGAAGAGUAUCAGCAGAGACUCAAGGCCAAAUGUAAGGAUUAUCAAUCUGUGGUCUUCAACCUCUUUUUCUGUACCCUUAAAAGCCUUCUCUAAAUGCACUGUCACAACUUGGCAUGAGGCUGUCAAACUUACUAUUGUAUAUUCUUACCACAUUGAGACAGGAAACAGUACUCUAAAAUGGCCUUUUCUUUUAAAAACAAAAUCUGAAAAUCACUGUCCAGCUUACAUACAUGAUUAAUCCUGCCUAUUUCAGCAAUCCCUUAAAACAUUAAAUGCAGACUAUCAAAAUGUUUUCCAUGUCUUAUUGAAAAUAACAUUCCAAUUCUUAUCCUGCCUCUUUCUGUCAUUGGUUUUUUUCCCCACAAUACCUUGCACCAGGCGAGAUGGUCACUGACAUCAUCAAUAGAGAGGGCUAUUAAUUUAACAUUUCGCUUGGCAAAUUCUGGUGCUAAUUUUGCUGCUCGACCAAGUUCUGUAGUACACACUGGAGUAAAGUCCCUUGGAUGAGAGAAGAGGAUGCCCCAUCUGAAAGAAAAAGAAUCACAUGGCAGAUAGCAUUGAAGCCUAGUAAGUCAGACCAGAUAUAAAACGUUAUUUCAAAGUUUGUUUUCAACUGUGAACUGGCUGGCUGAGAGGACUUGACACUGAAUAGCAUCUAGAAAGUUUAUAGCUUGGAAUAGUUCAUUGAUUCUUCUCCUUAAUUUUACUUUUUCCCUUUUUUUGAUUUUUGAGCUCUAUAGCUCAGCCGUUUCCAAUACAAUGUACCAGAUAAGAAGGGGUUUAAAUCCCAUAUCCUGAACAAAGCCCAAUCCUUUGCUAGAGAUUAUGGGAUCUAAAAUCAAAUUUAUCUAGAGGACACCUGGUUGGAAAAGUCUAGGCCAUCCCACACUAGAAUUCUGGAGAGCUAGAAAGCUUGUUAUGCUACUUUAAUAAUUUUAGCAUAUUUUUCCCCUCAUGUACCAACAGAGUUAUCUUUGUUCUUCCCACUUAUGUUUUACUAGCCCCAUUAUGUAACACGCAACAUUUCAUUUAGUUCUCAGUCACGAAUACCUUCUCAAUUGAAGCACUGCCCAGUGCCAAAGAGAUUAUAACCUUGGCAAACCUUCAUACUGUUGCUCCAUUAAUAGCUAAUGCUACCUCCCACUUCUCCAAACUGGUCUGCUUGCAUUUCAAGUCCCUUGGUGGAAAUACACAUGUACAACAUACCCAGACAUUUUUCACAGUAGAAUAAUAUAUCCAAAAUCCUUUGUGCAAGAUCCAGCUUUUGUUUGACAAUGUAUGAGCAAUGGUUAAGUCAAAUUUGAAUAGAGCAGUCAGUUUCAAUAAAAGUGGAGAUUGCAUAGUUACAUAUAUGCUACAGUUGCAAACUAACUUCCCUUUUUGUUACUUUUUAGAAAUUAAGCAUAAUGGAAUAAAAAAUGUUCAUGAAGUAAUCUUUUCUUCUAGGAGCUGUGGGGUCAUUUGAUACAAAAUGUUGAAAAUUCUACACAUUGUUAUAUCAUCCAUAUGAGAAAAAAAUAUUUCAAGUUUAAGAAGUCUUAAUGCUUAAUUUAUGUCUACAAUUUCUGUCUUGGUAAUUUUUGGUUUACUCUGAUGUGUGAACCAACCUCAAGUGAAAAAUAUGAUUUAUAAAAUUAUAUGAGUUAGCAAAUGGUUUAGCAAAUAGUAAUUCAAAUGAAGAAAACCUGAUUAUGGCUUAUUCAGAUGCAUAAACUCAAUUUAAAGUUACACAGAGGUCAUUCAUAUUAUCAAGAAUUUGUUAAAUUAAAGAGUAACUAUUAAAAAGGCAAUGGUAAUAUAA